AUGGAUGAAAUGGAAAAGGCAGUGAUGGUGGGGGCGGGGAACAGCACAGCUGUCCAGGAAUUCACCCUGAAGGGCUUCCCUGCAGUCCAGCACCUGGGGAAGGUCCUCUUCCUGCUGCACCUGCUGGCCUACCUGGCCUCUGUCACGGGGAACUUGCUCAUCAUCACCAUCGCCUGGGCUGACCGCCGCCUCCACACCCCUAUGUACUUCUUCCUCAGCGCUUUCUCCUUCUGUGAAUGUGGCUGCAUCACCACGAUUAUUCCUAAAUUGCUGACCAUCUUUCUGUCAGGGAAACAAAUUAUUUCUUUUGCUUCCUGCUUCACACAGGCAUUUGCUUUCAUUUUCCUGGGUGCAACUGCUUUUUUGCUGAUGGGCGUGAUGUCCCUGGAUCGAUACCUGGCCAUCUGCAAUCCUCUGCAGUACCUCACCAUCAUGACAAGAAUGUGCGUCCUGCUGGUCACUGCCUGUUUCUCUUUGGGAUUUCUGCUUAUGGUGAUUCCGGUCAUAAAGCUGUCCCAGGUGACCUUCUGUGGCCCCAACGUCAUCCCUCACUUCUUCUGUGAUUUGGGACCCUUGGCAAGGCUCUCCUGUCCGGAAAGCAGAUCUAUUGAAAUGUUCUUCUACAAUAUUGCCUCCUUUAUCCUUUUUACAUCUUUCUUUAUGACUGUCAUCGCAUAUAGCAACAUAGUGGUCACGAUCCUGCACCUCCCGUCAGCCAGUGAGUGGCAGAAAGCUUUCUCCACCUGCUCCUCUCACCUCCUUGUCCUCUCGUUGAUGUAUGGUAGCUGCAUCUUCAUCUACAUAAAGCCAAAGCGAAGAAGCAGACUAGACACCAACCGAGAGGCUGCUCUGGUGAACACGGUGGUGACGCCGCUGCUGAACCCUGUCAUCUACACCCUGCGUAACAAGCAGGUGCACCAGGCACUGAGGGAUGCUGUGUCCCGUGUGAAGCUGCAGAAAUAA